CUGAAAUGCAUAUCUCUCAGCUGUUUCCAAUUAGGCCUGAUUCCUGAAAGGCACACACUUGUUGAACACUGGUGAAUGUCACUCGUGAUAUUUCCAGCUGGGCUGCUGGUGGAACCAAAUCUCUGCUUGUGCCACAGUCGUGGUGUCUCAUCCACAUACUGACCCAAAAUCUGUUUGGUUAGCAUGAGGUUAUGCAAGUAGGCAUGUCAGAAAUUAAAAUGUGGGCUUUCUGGAGGGCAGUUCUUGCCGAGUCUCUGGGAAUGAUCAUCUUUGUCUUCAUCGGCCUCUCAGCUGCAAUAGGGGACAGAAAUAAUAUGUACCCUGACCAGGAGAUAAAAGUGGCUUUUGCCUUUGGUUUGGCGAUUGCAACGUUAGCUCAGUGUAUAGGUCACAUUAGCGGCGCCCACCUGAAUCCUGCCAUCACCCUGGGCCUCCUGGCCAGCUGCCAGAUGAGUGUCCUCAGAGCCUUUUUCUACAUAAUAGCUCAGAUUUUGGGAGCAGUGGUUGGUAGUGCCAUCGUGUAUGGUGUUAGGCCAGAAACAACAGAUUCACUUGGUGUUAACAAGCUAAAUGGAAUCAGCCCAAGUCAAGGUUUUGUUAUAGAAUUCCUGCUCACCCUUCAGCUGGUCCUGUGUGUGCUUGCAGUCACUGACAACAGGCGUGAUGUCAGUGGCUACGCACCUCUGGCCAUCGGACUGUCUGUAGGGUUGGGACACCUCGCUGGGAUCCGCUACACAGGAUGUGGUAUCAACCCAGCUCGAUCCUUUGGGCCUGCAAUUAUACAGGAUUCUUUUGAUGAUCAUUGGAUAUACUGGGGAGGACCAGUGAGUGCUGGUGUGGUGGCGGCUCUUCUGUAUAAUUACCUGCUGGCACCCAGAGACGAGCCCUUCAACGUAAAAACAAGAGUCCUGUUCUGUGGCGGCUCAUCACCAGAAAAUGACAUUGAGGAACCAAUUCUGGAGAACGCUAAAGAUGUAAAAUGGUCAAAGGAGCCAGUCUGAGUGGAAAUUACUCCUGUAUACGGCUUAUUUGUAUCAAAUAAAAUACUUUUUCAACACCUUCUCCAUGAUA